AUGUGUGCGAAAGUAGGAGUAGACCGACCGACAUCAAAUAAAGGUUUUUGGGCUGAGCUCCUAGGAAUCGGUGAACAGUUUUCAUCAUUAGGUAUAGUAGCUCCGGCACCGACGUUUUCAUCUAGGAAACCGCCUCUACCAUCGACUCACCGGAAAAGGUGUAGCGCAGACCGUCCUACGGCUUCCUUACACGGAUCUGGAAGGGAGAACCAUUCGGUUUCUCGAAGCGGUUGUCGUUGUUGCAAGAGAAGGAAAAUCGGAUCAAAACGUGAAAUACGGAGGGUACCGAUUAUCGGAUCAAAGGUCACAAGCAUACCGGYMGACGAUUACUCRUGGAAGAAGUACGGCGAGAAGAAGAUCGACGGAUCACCAUAUCCAAGAGUUUAUUACAAGUGCAAUACCGGAAAAGGAUGCCCGGCGAGAAAGGGUGUGGAGUUGGCGUUAAACGAUUCAAAGAUGCUUCUGGUAACAUAUGACGGAGAACACCAACACCGUCACCAUCACGCUCCAACGCCGGUACCGACAAGUUUGACCGGUUUGGCUGUUCAGUCAAAGUGAGGGAACACCAUGUGGUCCACCAUCACUUUGCACAAUUUUMUAAGGUCAACAAAACAGUGUAGUAGGAAAAAGAAAACGACUUUUUUGUAAGUUAGUCAAAKUUUAAGGGUGUAAAUGUAAAAUCAAAAGAUGCCUCUCACCCACCCAUAUCUAAAUGCGAUUUUGUUCCAACUGACUUUCUUCUCUCCAUGUUCGCAUCAAUUGUCUGCAACUCCACCGCCAACACCGAACGCCAACGCCUCACCGAAACAGAUAUUUUCCAGCGAAUACAAAAAAUCGUCAUCCGUUUCUACACCGGAGUUCGCGCCGGAGUGCGGAAUUUUUGAGCUGAUUUUUGGAGAGGAAAAGACGCYGUCGCAGACGACGGAGACAAGUCAACUAUCUUCACCCGGUGUUUUGCCAUUGAGAAAAUCCGAUGACGGUUUUGACUCGUCGGCGGCGAGGAUAUGGCAACCGCCGGYGAUAAAACCGAGGAAUGUGGAGAGAGGAAGUAAAUUAGUGGUCACCGGAUUAGCUUCUCUUUUCAAAGAGAAAGCAUGAAGGAAUAAACAAAUU